AUGAAGCAAGAACAGAACCCCGAGGUGAAGAUGGUGGAGUGCUUACCUCCAAGCCUGUUUCAGCUUCAGAACCUGACGAAGCUUCUCUUAAUUGCUAACGACAUUUUCGGUUCGAUUCCUCCUGAGGUGGGAAACUGUGUCUCUCUUAUUCGUCUUCGGCUUGUUAAUAACAGAAUCAGUGGAGAAAUUUCAAAAGAAAUCGGGCUCCUGAAAAACCUCAGUUUCCUCGACUUGUCUGAAAACCAUAUUGGUGGAACGCUGCCAGCAGAAAUUGGCAAUUGCAAUGAGCUGCAGAUGCUGAACUUAAGCAACAAUACCCUUCGAGGCACUCUGCCUAGCUCUUUAUCUUCUUUGACAAGGCUUGAGGUAUUGGAUCUUUCUGUAAAUCAAUUUGUGGGUGAAAUUCCAAGUGGUUUUGGCAAACUUAGUUCACUCAACAGACUCAUCCUCAACAAGAACUCUCUGUUUAGAGCAAUCCCUUCCUCUCUUGGCCAUUGUUUGAGCCUUCAACUUCUUGAUCUUAGUAGCAAUGCACUAUCUGGCAUGAUCCCAGUGGAACUUUUUGAUAUUGAAGGUCUUGAUAUUGCUUUGAAUUUGAGUUGUAAUGCACUCACUGGGACGAUUCCACCCCAGAUUUCUGCUCUGAACAAAUUAUCCAUUCUUGAUCUCUCACACAAUGAUUCUUGUUUUAUCUACGCUGGCAGGGACAGAGCACUUUGUUUCCUAGAAUUUUUGGUCAUGAGGCUGGAGGGAUUGUGGAGAGUGUUGGUGAGGGUGUGACAGAACUCGAACCAGGCGAUCACGUCCUGCCUAUAUUCACAGGCGAAUGCAAGGAAUGUGCACAGUGCAAAUCGAAACAGAGCAAUAUGUGUGAGCUCCUCAAGGUUAAUAUAGACAGAGGUGUGAUGAUUGAAGAUGGAAAAUCAAGAUUUUCGAUCGAAAAAGAAGAAGAAGAAGGAGAUCG